AAAACAAUAGGGGCACGUGGCAGCAUCGGCGUUAAAAAGCAUGUGGCGUAGACUCGCUCUCCUUUCUCCUUCCCCUUCUUCUUCCUCCACCGCCUCACGCAUCUCUCUGUUUCUGUGGUUCUGUUUCUGACUUUUUGGUAAUGGCGGAGACUUGUUCGCUUCUCUUCUCUACCUUCUCCUCUCACCUCACGAUCUCCCCUUUUCGCCACUCUCAUCCCUCCGCCGCUCGAUUCUCAUCUCUUCUUUCCCGCGUUCGGCCAUCUCGAUUCGCCGUAAAGGCAUCACAUUAUGGUAGCUUCUCCGAUGACGAUUCUUUCAACUUCUUCCCAUGGUUGAAGAAAAGAUCAAUGGAGUUACUGAUUCAAGUGAUUGCUUUGUUUUGUACAGAGAUUGAAUGGGUUCCUGAAGAAAGAAUUACACUUUUCACUACUGAUGGACUAGUUCAGAUUGGAGGCAAUAUGUCUCACAAUUCAAAAACUAGUCAGAAUGUAGAACCGGUUUCAAAUAAGAAACAUGGGAGAUCCAAAUCUCCAGAAAAACAUCAAAAGUUUCAAGAAAGUGCCUACAUGGAUCCCGCUCAAGGUCUAUGUCUUGGAGCUCUUUUCGACAUCGCAGCUACAAACGGACUGGAUAUGGGAAGAAGACUAUGUAUCUUUGGAUUCUGUCGUUCUGUUGAGAUGCUUAGUGAUGUUGUUGAAGACACUGUUUUAGAACACGGUGGAGAGAUUGUAGCUACAGAGACAGAGAGCACAAGCGGUUUACAAGAGAAGCUAACGAUGACAGUGGCAGUUCCAUAUCUCUGGGGGGUUCCUCCGGCUGCAGAAAGGCUUCAUCUUGCGGUUCGAACCGGUGGAGGCAUCGUAGACAAAGUUUAUUGGCAAUGGCAUUUCUUGUGAUAUUCACAUAUUUCUCCAAAACAUUGGCUCUAACUCACAACCACAAGUGUUUAUAUAUCCCAUUCAUUGUACAGAACCAUUACAUUUGUUAUAAAUUCCCCUUAAUCCCAUAAUUUAUAUCAUCAAUUAAAUAAAA